CACACUGGAGAGAAGCCGUACGAAUGUAUUCAGUGUGAGAAGACUUUCAGAAGUUCAUCAAGCCUUUACGCUCAUGUGAAAAAAUGUUGCAAACCAGAUUGAAGUGAUGGAGCAAAAACACAAACUGAAUGAAGUGGAGGAGAAACAUCAAGGAACAAAAGCCAAUAAGCUGCACUCCUGCUCUCAGUGUGGAAAGAGUUUCCAAAAUCAACGAAACCUUAACAGACACAUGAUAAUUCACACUGGAGUGAAACCGUAUCCAUGCACUCAGUGUGGAAAGAGUUAUGCUGGUGAAUCAGGUCUCAAAUAUCAUCUACGCAUUCACUCUGGAGAAAAGCCAUUUAACUGUGAUCAGUGUGGAAAACAUUUUAUUUCAUCGUCAAAUCUAAAAACUCAUCUGAAACUUCAUUCAGACGAGAAUCCUUAUGUGUGUUCUCUCUGUGGAAAGAGUUAUUUAAGACUGGAUCAUUUUAAAAUGCACCAGAAAACACAUGAUGAAGUAAAAGAUCAUGUGUGUUGUUACUGUGGGAAGAGCUUUACUACAGCUGACAAUCUGAAACAACACCAACGAAUUCAUACUGGAGAAAAACCUUACAAGUGCUCAUACUGUGACAAGAGAUUCACUCAUUCUGGACACCUGAAAUCACACGAGCGACUUCACACUGGAGAGAAGCCGUACGACUGUACUCAUUAUGAGAAGAGUUUUAGACAUUUAUCUAGCCUUCACGCUCAUAUGAAAAAAAAAAAAAAUAUAUAAAAAAAUACAUUAAAGUAAAUUUUGUGAGGAAAAAAUAAGUUACUUAGUCCUAAAAGAGAUGGGGAAUGUCCGUCCAGGAGGGCCGCUGACCUGCAGUGAUUAGCUCAGACCAACUAAAAAAAUUUUAUGAGUUUUGGCCGUUCAUUUAUAUGGCAUUUUGGGUGCCUGAAAGCGCAAACCAAACGGGUUUCGAAGUGUAUGUUUUUUUAAAAAUGGUCUCUUUGUAAACGACAGAAACGCCAAUCUCUGAAGACAAUGACCUCACACGUGUAUUACCACUCUCAAUCCAUCAGAAUACAGGGUUUUAGUAGUUUUCGUGGAUCCAUGUGGAUAAUGGUGUCAUCUGAAUGCAGAAAACUCAAAGGAAAACUUCUCCCUUUUAAGCAUAUCGUUGUCAUGUAAAUGAUCCUGAAGACAUUGAUAAAGAUUGGAACUAAACUGUGCAGGACAGCGGCCCUCCAGGACUGAUGUUCCCCAUCCCUGAUCUAGCUUAAAGGUAGGGUUAGGCAAUUGUUUUUUUAAUAAACACUCUUCUGGUUGAAACUCCUGAUAGAAAUCAAUAAUAGAAGUGCUCCAAGUAUCUGCAAUGUCAUGCAUCUCACGCCAAGUCAUAGCCGUAAUUACAAAAUGGCAACCGGCAACUUUCUACCCGAACGCUUUGGAGACACUCUGAAGGGAGGGUGGGAUCUCAUACUUUCAAAGCAUACUUUUUUUUUUUUUGGUCUUGAAUUCUUUCUUUUUUGGGGGGUUGGUGUUUCCAUAGCAACACUAAUUGUUCAGCUCACAGUCUGAUUGUUUUCACCUUUUACUUAUUACCUGCUUACUAUGUUUAUUCCUCUGUUUAUCUUGUCUUUUGUCAGAUUUUUCAUGCAGUACUGGUUUGUUACGACUCUCUCUGCCAGGAUUAUGUUCUGUUGCCAAGCCUUUUCUAUUAUUUUCUAUUUUUAUUUAUUUUUUACUGUUUCUCAGUAAAAGUUUUUUGUCUUUUGGA